AUGCCGUUAUUUCUGAAUUUAUGGUCGCCGAAGGUUAGUCUAAGGAAGGAGGGUAUCAAAUCGGUGCCUAUAUGGGUCAAACUUCAUAAUGUGCCAAUUUCAGUUUACACGGAUGAUGGGUUAAGCUUACUGGCUUCGAAGUUGGGAGUUCCAAAGAGUUUAGAUUCAUAUACGGCGGAUAUGUGUGCUGAUUUUUGGGGAAGGAGUAGCUAUGCUCGGGCUUUGAUUGAGAUUAGUGCUGAAAAUGAUUUUAAGGACCAUAUCACUAUUGCUAUUCCUAAAAUGGAUGAGGAGGGUUAUAUUUUGGAACAAGUGAAAGUUGAAUAUGAAUGGAAACCAUUACGUUGUGCGACAUGUUGCUUAUUUGGUCAUGAUGCAAAUGCAUGUUCUAAAGGGGAUAAAGGUAAAGCAAAACAUGUGGUUAUUGAUGAUGAGGGCUUUGUGACGGAUAGAAAGAGAAUGGCUAAACAAUCAUUUCCUCAGAAAAAGCAAAAACCAAGAGUUAUUUAUAGGCCAAAGUUGAAUAAAUCUGGAGCUAGUACCUCGGGCACGAAAAAGGAUGAGCUAGAGGCUAGUGGAAGGCAGCCAGCGGUGAACAUAGAGAACAAGUUUCAGGUUUUAGAUAUGGUGGGAGAUGGAGAUGGAGAGGGUUCAAAGGAUGAUAACAAGACUGAAAAGUCGUUGUCAAGUGGAAGCCAUAGGAACAACGUUGAGGUAAUGGACCAACUCCAAACUGAAAUAUCAGAUUAUAUGGGUGCUGACAUGCGUGGUAGUACUUCUGAGGGGGCAAGCACUCCCGGGAAUAAGGGUGUUGAUGGAUAG